GGGUUAGCCAGAGACAUGCAUAUGCCACACUCAAUUAGUGCUGUUACUCUUCCUAAUGAUCAUGAUCACUGUAAGCAUUGUAAGCCCCUUCUAUUGUUCUCUCAGGGUGUUACAUCUGCAGCUGUUGAUGGGCUCUACAAUGAGUACAUAGGGGAUGCAGACAGCCCUGCUCAGGUGCGAGAUGGCCUUCUGGAUGCACUGGGAGAUGUCUUCUUUGUGUUUUCAUCCAUUGAAGUGGCUAAAUUCCACAGAGAUGCUGGCAACCCAGUCUACUUCUAUGAAUUCCAGCAUCGACCAAGUGAAGCAGAAGGUGUUUUACCAGACUUUGUAAAAGCAGAUCAUGCAUCCGAGAUCGCCUUUGUCUUUGGAAAGCCAUUCUUAGCUGGACAUGCUACAGAAGAAGAAAAUAAACUUAGCAGAACUGUUAUGAAAUACUGGACUAACUUUGCUAGAAAUGGAAAUCCCAACGGAGAAGGCUUGGUCCAUUGGCCUCAGUAUGAUCUGGAUGAGAAAUACCUGGAGAUAGACCUGAACCAAAAGGCAGCACAGAAAUUCAAAGAAGGCAAAAUGAAGUUUUGGACACAGCUCAUGAAACAAAUGAUGAGUGAAAGGAGAGCACACACAGACCUGUAAAAGCUGCAGAGGGUACAGUUUGCUUUCAAAACCCAAAGUAAAGUCAAAUAAAAUUAGUUUGUCAGGAUGCAGAGUUAUAAUCACCUUCUAACUCACUAUCAUGCAAUCUGUUGUCCUGGUCACAGUGAAAGGAGAGAAACAAGGGAAAUCUGGAAUGUUUGUUGGACUAAAAAUCACUAUUUAAUGGACCAAGCAGAAAAAACCCCCCACGAUCUUUCAGGCUCAAACAGACCACAGUAUCUACUCAGUGGAUAUCAAAACUGAAUAAUGAGGAGGGAAUUGGCAAAUAAAUUGAAAUCUGUAAGAAAUUAUUUAUACAGAAAAUAUUGUAAGUGUCUGGCUACCUUUUAUGCUUACUCCCCUCUUCUUUCAGAAGAGCAUGGUCAGUUGUCCUUCUUACAGCCUCUUUCCACUUUCUUUAAUUGGAAAUAGCUUGUAGGGAGCAGAGCAUCCAUCAAUCUACAUCUGUGAGAUAUCCUCAGCAUCUCUCAACUGAGGACAGAAAAUCUCUACUUGUUUUAUUGGUUUGUGAAUUGUUAUAUAAAUAAGUGUUGCUUUUAAUUUU